AGGGAGUGCCUAACUAAAUAAAUAUGUUGCAAAAAGGGAAAAGAGGAAUGAGCACAAAUACUUACCUCUAAGAAGCUAAAGAGGGAUUCCAGUGGCCUGAUGAAGAUCGAAGAGUGUCGAAACGCGUAGCCAAAGUGGGAUGGGGACAACUUUAAAAGCCGAAAGGAGCAAAUUGAACGUCAGUUAAUUGAAGGAAAUGGGGACGUUGCAGCAGCUUAUUUGAGAGACAGCUGGUUUGAAGAAACCACGUGAUGACUCAUACUUCCUCUCUGACUGAGGCCUUCCUUUCUUCAUUUACAUUUGAGACACAUGGUGAUGGAGGGAAUGAGAUUUGUGCACAGGGUUGCAAACCUGCAGAAUGCUGUGAAGCAGAUGCCUGUGGCUCAAACUCCUCAACACAGUUCGGUUGCACAAGGAGCAGUUCAGAUGAGGAUACAAAACUCUCAGAGCUCUCAAGACCGCCUCAGUCAGUCCAAAUCUAUGGUGCUGCAGGACUCGGACCUUCCUCCAAAACCUAUAUCCCGACAUCGUAGAAAUCAGUCUCAGCACAAUGUGAUUGUUACAGGAGCCACCAGCCUUGAACCCACGGUGAACCUGAAAGGUGAACACCUUAAUGUGGCAAAAAUUUUGGAGAAGGGCAAGAAACAUAAAAAGAACUGGGGUUUGAUGUUGAUCAUGCUGACUUCAGAGGAGCUGCUGCUUCAUAAAGACAAACAAGAAACAAGUGUGAAAGCAGGGGGUAAAAUUGACGUUGUGUCGCUGUGUGGGGCAACUAUUAAGUGGACAUCAGAAAAGUCAAGCAAGAAAAAUGUUUUCCAGAUUACAACAAAUACAGGAAGUGAGUACCUUCUCCAGUCUGACAUUUACUCCACUUCCAGCAAAUGGCACGAUGCCAUCAAAAAAACAAUUGAGUCAGUGACUAAAGAAGACAGGGGUUUUGCUCUAUGGAGGUCUAACAGCACAGAAUACUUGUCCAGACACAGCUCCUUACCUGGAUAUGGAACAGCGUCCUCGAACAUGAAAAUACAAAACCCAGUUCACAGACGCUCCAUCAAUGUGUUCAGCAGCUCUAAGCUAAAACACAGUGUCUCAGACAGCAUUGACAAGAAUGGAGUGAAGAAUAGACUAAAGAAAUUCAUCAGCAGACGUCCAUCCAUGCAGACUCUCAAGGAGAAAGGACUUAUCAAAGAUCGAGUGUUUGGCUGUCACCUGUUCACACUAUGUGAACGAGAAGGAACCACAGUACCAAAGUUUGUAAGGAUGUGUCUGAAUGCUGUUGAAAAGCGAGGUUUGGAGGCAGAUGGGAUCUACAGGGUCAGUGGGAACCUGGCCACAAUCCAAAAACUACGCUUCCUGGUGGAUCAAGAGGAAGAUCUUGACCUGGACCACAGUCAGUGGGAGGACAUCCAUGUCAUCAGUGGAGCCCUGAAAAUGUUUUUUCGUGAGCUUCCAGAACCACUCUUCCCAUUCAAGUCCUUCCAGCAGUUUGUAGAAGCCAUCCAGAUCAAAGAGUCCAAACUCAAAGUUCAAGCUGUGAAGAAACUGAUCCAAUGUCUGCCCAGAACCAACCAGGACACAAUGAAGCUGCUCUUCAGCCACCUACAGAGAGUCCUGGCUUUCUCUCAGAAGAACCUCAUGUCCACUCAAGGUAUCAGUAUUGUGUUUGGACCAACCCUGAUGUGGCCAGAAUUGGAUGCAGGAAACAUGGCAGUCAACAUGGUGUAUCAGAACCAGAUUGUGGAGUUCAUCUUGAUCAACAGCCAAGAGAUCUUCAACCUGGACAGGAAGUAAGAUGUCAGGGAUUGGAUGAGACUCAAGGACCCAUCAGAACCAGAUUCAUUCAUCUGUUUCACUGAUACGUUCCUUGUUUUAAUCAUGUAAAAAUAAUACAUGUAUUUGAUCAAAAUUUGACAACAGUUUUUAAACCCAGUUUGAACUUUGUUUUAGCAAAUUCAUUUUCCCAAAGAUAGACACAAUUAGAAUGUGGGUAUAGACAACAAAACAGUAUAUUCUUGUGCUCUCUGAAACAUGGCUAAUGAUGGAUUGAGUUGACUGGCUUUGUGAACUGUUUUGAUUGUACUUUUGUAACUUGUUAUGUUUUUAUUGAGCUUUAGUAACUUAUUGUGCUGUAUGAAUGAUAGCAGCUGGCCAUAAAGCAGUUACCUGCAGGACCAAUAAAACUUUUAUUCAA